AUGGUAGUCAUUCAGAAGACUACCACUGACACGCCAAACUCGCCAGUGCCUAGCGAAGUUCUUGACUCCGAAGAUUACGACGUCAGCGUGGCGAAAUCUGACUUUGAGUAUCAGGACGAAGACGACGAAGAGGAAGAGGCAAAGGUGGUCGAGGUAACGCAUCCGUUAGUCAAGGAAGCUGAAAUCGAUUCCGAAGACGACAAAGGAAACGCCGAAAAGUCUUCAAAGCCCUGUUCUCGACGUCCUAUCAGAAAUCUGGAAGGAGUGGCCAUUAAACAUCUGUUAUUCACAACUGAAUUCAAUGUGCAAGAAUACAAUGGGGGCAACAGAAAGAAAUCAAAGAAAGAAUCAACUACGGAACCGGGCACGCUCAGCGAUUUUACUGAACAGCCAAGAAUGAGUCAAACAGAAGUGACCGAACUGAACAUCGUUGACGUCUACUUGGAGACUACUGUUGAUCUCGUUGGUGAUGACAAAACUUAUGAAAGUGAGUAUGAACAGUCUUCCGAACAAUUGAUUGGGGAAACUUCUAAGGAGGAGUCGUCCGCGGAAUUGCCAAAGAAACUUCUCGCCAAUGUUGACAAACCUAUCAUAUUAACAAAGCUAAGUGAUGAUACCGAUAACAGUGAUACCGAUUAUGAUACCUGCAGCAGUGCUGAUGUUUCCCACAUGAUAAUAGUACCCAUCGACACGGAAGAAGAAGUUCAAGUAGUAGAACUACCCCAAGCAGAUGUCAGAGGGGUGAAACGUCGUUGUCAGUUUAUGUAA